ACCAUCCAGCUGUGGUGCGCAGGCGCAGUGAGCGCACUUCUCGAUCCUUGGAAAAGAAGCCGGAAUCAGUCAAAAUGGAGUGGCAGCCUGACCCGGCGGGUCUUCAACAGAUUCUACAGCUUCUCAAGGAGUCCCAGUCUCCAGAUACGGAGACACAGCGUGCCGUACAACAAAAAUUAGAAUCGUUAAACCAGUAUCCAGACUUCAAUAACUACCUGAUCUACGUGCUGACGAAGCUGAAAACUGAAGAUGAGCCCACCCGCUCCCUGAGUGGACUGAUCCUUAAGAACAACGUGAAGGCACACUACACCAACUUUCCUGCGCAAGUCACCGACUUUGUCAAGAAGGAAUGUCUGGCCAACAUCGGGGACCCAUCUCCGCUGAUCCGUGCCACGAUAGGGAUCCUGAUCACCACCAUAGCAUCGAAGGGCGAGCUGCAGAACUGGCCGGAGCUUCUGCCACACCUCUGCUCCUUACUGGACUCCAAUGACUACAACACCUGUGAGGGUGCAUUUGGAGCUCUGCAGAAGGUGUGCGAGGACUCAGCAGAGCUGCUGGACUGUGACGCCCUGAACCGACCCCUCAACACCAUGAUCCCCAAGUUCCUACAGUAUUUCAAACACACUAGCGCCAAAAUCAGGUCCCAUGCAAUAGCUUGCGUAAACCAGUUCAUCAUUAGCAGAACCCAGGCUCUGAUGGUACACAUUGAUGUUUUUAUUGAGAACCUGUUUGCCCUUGCGAACGAUGAGGACCCUGAGGUGAGGAAGAACGUGUGCCGCGCCCUGGUGAUGCUACAGGAAGUGCGCAUGGACAGGUUAAUCCCUCACAUGCACAACAUCGUAGAGUAUAUGCUGCUGCGAACCCAGGACGGCGAUGAGACCGUGGCGCUGGAGGCGUGUGAGUUUUGGCUCACGUUGGCGGAACAGCCCAUCUGUAAGGAGGUCCUCUCUGGGUAUCUGGACAGAGUUAUUCCUGUUCUAGUCAAUAAUACACGGUAUUCGGAAAUUGACAUCAUUUUGCUGAAGGGCGACGUGGAGGAAGACGAACAGGUGCCUGACAGAGAGGAGGACAUCCGUCCCCGCUUCCACAAAGCCAAGACUCACACCCCCUCCGAGGAACAGGAUGGACAGGACAGCUCAGACCUAGAUGAUGAUGAUGCAUUAUCUGACUGGAACUUAAGAAAGUGUUCAGCGGCUGCACUGGACGUGUUAGCGAACGUGUUUCGGGACGACCUGUUGCCAAACUUGUUACCUAUCCUGAAGGAGACCCUGUUCCAUCCUGACUGGGAAGCCAAGGAGUCCGGAAUUCUGGUGCUGGGUGCCAUCGCUGAAGGUUGCAUGAACGGUAUGGUACAGCACUUGCCAGACCUGGUGCCGUUCUUGAUAAAGUCUCUGUCGGAGAAGAAAGCGCUGGUCCGGUCCAUCACGUGCUGGACGCUGAGCCGCUACGCCCACUGGAUCGUGCAGCAGCAGCAUGAGCUGUACCUGAAGCCACUCAUGACAGAACUGUUGAAGAGAGUCCUGGACACCAACAAGAGAGUACAGGAGGCAGCUUGCAGUGCGUUUGCGACGUUGGAGGAGGAGGCUUGUACAGAACUGGUUCCCUACCUGGGGUACAUAUUGGAGACACUGGUGUAUGCCUUCAAUAAGUAUCAGCACAAAAACCUGCUCAUUCUGUACGAUGCCAUCGGAACCUUGGCAGACUCUGUUGGAAACCACCUGAACAAAGCGGAAUACAUCAACAUGCUCAUGCCACCACUAAUUGCCAAAUGGAACUCAUUGAGAGAUGAAGACAAAGACCUUUUCCCCUUGUUGGAGUGUUUAUCGUCGGUAGCCACGGCCCUACAGUCUGGGUUCCUGCCAUACUCCGAGCCAGUCUACCAACGCUGUGUCAACCUGGUACAGCAAAACCUCCAGCAAAGUAUGGCUUCCCUGUCCCAGCCCGACCAGUUCGAGCCGCCCGACAAGGACUUCAUGAUCGUGGCUCUGGACCUGCUGAGUGGGCUUGCAGAGGGGCUGAACGAGCAGAUCGAACCCCUGGUCAGCAGCAGCAACAUCCUGUCUCUGCUGUUCCAGUGUAUGCAGGACAAAAUGCCAGAAGUUCGACAGAGUUCCUUUGCCCUACUGGGAGACCUAACAAAAGCCUGUUUUCAGCAUGUCAAGCCCUGUAUUGCUGAUUACAUGCCCAUCCUUGGAGCAAACCUGAAUCCAGAGUUCGUCUUGCUUCCUUUUGCAGCCGAUUUCAUGCCCAUCCUGGGAGCAAACCUUAACCCUGAGUUCAUAUCUGUGUGCAAUAAUGCCACCUGGGCUAUCGGAGAGAUCUCCAUACAGAUGGGUGCGGACAUGCAACCGUAUGUUGCGUUAGUUUUGAACCAAUUAGUUGAUAUUAUCAACCGUCCAGGCACACCCAAGACCUUGCUAGAAAACACAGCCAUAACAAUUGGCCGUCUUGGUUACGUAUGUCCGCAAGAAGUGGCCCCUAUGUUACAGCAGUUUAUAAGACCGUGGUGCACGUCACUGCGAAACAUUCGGGACAACGAGGAGAAGGACUCAGCAUUCCGUGGAAUCUGUAGCAUGAUCCAUGUCAACCCUGGUGGGGUGGUGCAGGAUUUCAUUUUCUUCUGUGAUGCAGUUGCCUCCUGGGUGAAUCCUAAAGAAGACCUAAAAGAGAUGUUCUUCCGGAUCCUGCAAGGGUUCAAGACCCAGGUUGGUGAAGAGAACUGGCGACGCUUCUCAGACCAGUUUCCCCUGCCCCUGAAGGAGAGGCUGUCCACCCAGUACGGAGUAUAGGAGUCAUGAGCAGCUGAGCAAGGUACAGAAGGAAGACUGCAGUCUUAAGUGUGAGGAAGGAGAGCAGGCUUACGAUGUGGCUAUGAACCCUGAACCCUGACCCACAUCUAUACAACUUAAAACAUGCCAUACAAGUCAGAUCCCACCCACCAAUGGGGGGUUGGCAGGAUGGUGUGAAAGAACACUUACCAGAAACGUGUAGUAGCAAGGGUGAUAUCCAGAACACGGGAGGAAAGGUGGACCCGGAUCCAUUGCAGGAGUUGCUUUGUAACAAAAGAGCAGUGGCUCUUAAACUGAAGUUGGGGAACAUGUGUACUUUGAGAUGGUAAAGACUAAGCAUAGAAGAGUUUGGGCCAGACAGUGUACAUGUACAUCAUUUCUAUAUUUUAUACCCAACAUCCUGUGAAAUGGUCAACAACGACAAGUGACCAAGUAAACCAUCAGCUGUGAGCAAGUUUACCAGUCAGUACUUAAUCAAUCCUUUUCAUCCUACCUACUAUGCCAAAGUUGUAGAGCACUCAGUUUCCAAACUAACAAUUCAGUAGAACGAUGUCUGCUUUGAGUGUACUUGUAACAUUGCUCUUAAGGCCCAGACUAUUCCAUGCAAAUACUGUGACUGAUCCUUUUAAGUACACAUAUUCCUCAUGUACCAUUGAUACUUUCGAGUUGCAUAAACUGAGUGAGAGGUAUGUGUAGGCUGGAUGGCUGAAAGAGGUAUCCAUUGAGGUUGAAUCUUAUUUGUAUGGCAGACAUCUCUAUUGAAGGAUGCAGAUUUUUUGACACGACAUGUGCAUUUAACUGCACCCUCGUAUCUUUCUAAUCUUAGAAUUAGCAUUACAUCUUCUUCUGGUCCAGAAUAACAUGAUAAUUCACAAAUGAAAAGUAUUUUUAUGAUUACAGUAUUGGUAGCAAACGUUCUAUCCUAAGCUAAAAGUAAAGUAAAGUGAAGUAUUGUAUGUCCAUUCUUGAAGUAAGUUAAACUUUAUAAGUGAACAGUAAGAUAUUUCUCCUUAAGUAAUAUUCUAGCAGUACUUCUAGCAGCUUUCAUCUCAACUGAAAUGCCACAGAGGCAUUUUAAAUGUAGUUAAGCCAUUAAGAUAUUUGGAAAAGCUAGGAGGAAAAUAUAGCAGGUCCAAAUCAAAAUUAGUCUUCAGGCUUAUUGGUUGACCUCGUUUACUAGCUUUUCGUUUGAUACCAGUAGAAGAAGUGUAGGAUAAAUACUUUUCGUUUGUGUAAGAUUUUGGACCAGAAGUUGAUGCUCUGUUCAUAUCUAAAAGAAUUCCAGCUUACCUGGACAUUCGGUAUGGAUUCUCUACUCUAAACAAGUGGUGUCCAUAGGCUUAUGAUAAAUGAGUAUAUGGUAUUGCACAACUUUAUGCUGAAGUACUUUUAACUGGAUAUGCAGGAUAGACUUAAUAUUGUGUAUUAGAAUAAGGUACCUCUGUGCAUGGAUGAGUAUGUACGUUGAUACCCCCAGUACAGUGGAAAGUAUUACAGUACCAGCCAAGGCAUAACUUGGCCCUUAACUUCGUGUGUUGGUAUAGCUAAUACUACUACUACUACAGCAUGCACAGUAAAACCAGUGACUUUGUAAGUGGAUAGCUUAAGCAUGGACAACCUGUAUGUCCAGUGGUACGUUAAGCUAAGACAUAGUUUUGGGAAGUAAGAUAAGAACUAGUGGGAGGUUGUGCCAUUAUGGCAAGGUAAGGGUAAGUCAGUGUUAUGCUGAGAUGGUAAGGUAAGCUACACUUAAGUCUGUUAAGUUGGGUACUAUCAGGGUUGGGAGGUAAGACCUGGGGGGACUCCGUGUAAUGGUGGUCCUUAAUCACAGUGCUUUGGCGUUCAUUCAUUCAUUGAAUCAUUCAUUCACUCAUUUCCAAGCCUCAUUGGAAGCAUCUCCCAUUUGUUUGAGUCGUACGCUUCAACUCUCUUGCGUUUUUCUUCCUCCUAUUUCGUGUCCCGCGGACGUUGUCUGCCUGCCUCCGUGUAAACUUGUUUGUUAGUUUUGUUGCAUUUCGCUGGUGUAGCCAGGGGCGCGUCACCUCUCCAACUGUCCCUCCGACAGACCUGUACUGUUGUAAGUGUGUCCUAUGCCACGGUGAUCCCACCUUUUCUAUUAUGUGGCCCCUUCCUUGUUGAAAUCCUGGCUAUACCGGUGUGUUUGUGUCCAUGGAGGUUCCCAUUGAAACCUCCAUGGUGGUGUAAUUUGUGUGCAAUGUGACAUGUUGCACACAAAAGUUAGAUGUCUGACCACUGAACGUGUAGAAUAACAUUGGUGCUAUCAGCAAUGUCGUCUCACUAUCACGUAUGUUCACCUCUUGAGGUUCCCAAAUAUGGAAUUCUCCCUCGGUGUUUAAAAAAAGGAACAGAACUGUCCAAGGAGGCAACAGUGCUUUUAGUAGGCCUCUUUUACUAACUCUAUCUCUGUUUUCAAAGAUGUUUUGUGGCAAAUGUUGCAAUCUUAACAUUAGGAAAUGGAUCCAGAUUAGCAACAACUAACAAAUGCUUUUCACUGACCACUCUAACAGGCAAGUCUUGGGCAAAAGUGCAUAGCGAUGACAUCCGGUGCAAAGGAUAUGUAGUUGUUGUAGGGUGUAUUGUCUUGCCACUAAUUUCUGUCAUUCCCAGAUGCAAUGAGAAGUUGAUUUAUGAAGGUCAAAGGUUUUUUUCUGACACAUUCUUCUUGCAUGGCAGUGUACUUCAAACCAACGUGUGUUAAUGUGCAAUCAAUCAUACAGUAUGGUUAGGUGUGUACUUAAUUAUUACAGGAGCCAGCCUCUGCUUGCUACCUCGUUGGUCCCAUUUUCAAAUUUUCCGAGCCGGCAUGCUAGCAGGUGUAGGCUAGACGUCGUUAGUGUGUAGCCAUUGUCAGCAUGAAUCUGCUGCAGGACCUAUAGUUUCUGAUAGGUGACCAGAAAUGUUAUAGCUCGGGAUGCUAAAAAUGCAUGUGGAAAUACUUAGUAACAGACCACUGGAGUGGAACGACUGUCUGUACCAUGACAUUUUAGUGGUGUUAAACUGUCCUAUGUGUCUCCCACAGUUAGUCUUGUUUUUUUUUCUAGCAUGAAGAUUGUUUUUAUUUCAUUGACAGUCAGCCAGACUCUAACAUUCCUUUCCUUCAGAGAAUUGAAUUGGGCCUCGUAGCAAGAACUGGUCACUAGCAUGUGUUAAUAGCCCUGCUGUUUGGCGUUAUCAAUCACAAGAGUUCUAAUACUUUUUACAUGUAGAAGGACUUAUUUAUGAUUUUUAGCAACAUUCAAAAGGGAACAUUUCUCAAUAUAGCAACUUUGUCCCACGGGAACUUUUAAUUUUGGGAAGGCCAGUACUACCGGUAACACAGACUAACACUUUGCACUAAUCCACAGCAGUACUUUUAGCUCUGGUUUGUUUUGAAUCCAGUGCAUGUGAUGCAUGGAAACAGAAAAAGAGCCUCAGCAGUUCCAUGAUGGUAGAGUCUUCUAAAGUAGCAGCUAUUGUUAAACCCAGCAUGAAGGGAGAGGGGUUUCCCUACACCCGGUCCACUGGGGAGUAUUAUACCUUGUGUACUGUUUGAUUUGGCAAAGUGUAGCAUCAUAGCCAUGUUGGAAAUGAAACUGACACUUAGCUGCAAAAUGUGACAAACUGACACCAUGCAUGCCAAACCAGUGGGCUGGGGAUCUUGUAAACCCAGGAAGAUUUCUGUGCAAAUAGGCAGGAAGUAUGUUUUUGGAGUUCUGGAGUGUGAAAUUUAUGGUUUUGUAGCAGUCCCUGCAGCAGUUUCAUGUGACGUGGGACAUAGCAAUCAUGGCCCAUGGAAUCCACUUCAGUCUUCCACAUGAGUGUGCGAGUGUGUGUCUGAGUGUAUGUGCAUGCGUGUGUCAAUGUGUGUGUGCAUGAGUUGCUUUGUGACUGACUACGGGACCAAGUUUUGUGUGAUUGGCCAGUCUUGAGCAUGUCGUCGCAGUGGGCUUGCUAGCAUGUUCAACAAGCAAUAAUAAGGUCUGAUGCUUGUCUGAAGACAAUGAAGUCCGACAUGAUGGAAACAUGAUGCAGUUGUUGAAUGUUGGACAUAUGAAAGCCCCUCUGCUGUACUUGUGAUCAAGAUUAACGAAAGGGGAUUCCUGCCGAAUGCUGCAGGGGAUCGCCUCUAUUUUUGUAUGUUGGUUGUUGCAGCGUGUUGCAACCGUAUAAACUCAGCUGGUCUGCAAGUUUUGUAUAAAUUUUGUUCUCCUUCCAAAAAAGUUCUUUUUUUCUCUCACCUCUUUCCCCUCCCUCUUUCUAUUCUCUUCCCAGAUGCUUGAGUAUUUUUGUCAAGUUGUCCACAUUUGUAUGAAACCUGGGGCCACCAAAGUUUUAGAAGUAAGAUUAAUAUAUAAUAAGAUAUAAGAAGUUGAUUAUUGUGAUAAGGUAUUUUGUAACGGUAAAGUUGUAAAAUAGAGUAUGAAUAGUAUGUUUAUGUACAAUGUACAUUAAAAUAGGAUGUUAAAAGUAAGAAAUAAACCAUUUUAGAG